UCAAACCCAGGGCCUCAUGCAUGCUAGCCAAGCACUUUUAACACUGAGCCGCAUCCCAGCCCAGGAACAUUUUAUGUUUAUUUUUUAUUUUAUAGGUACUGGGGCUUGAACCCAGGAGCAUUUUAUCAUUGAGAUACAUCCCUCGCCCUCUUUUUAUUUAUUUAUUUUUUAUUUUUUAUUUUGAGACAAGGUCUCUCUUAGUUGCUGACGCUGGCCUUAAAUUUGCCACACUCCUGCCUCAGAUUCCACAGCUGCUGGAAUUAUAGGCAUGGGCCACCACACCCCGCCAAGUACAUUUCAUUUUUGGUAAGGCAGCAAAGACCCAUCAACUCAAAGCUUUUGCCCUGGGUUAAAAUUACAGCAAAUCAGAACUACCACUUAAUUGACAUCCUCAUCAGAAGCUAGUGAGCUGUCAGGCUUUGGACCAGUAGGAAAUGAAUAAAACAAUAACUUAAAAUCUGUAAACUUGUUUGUUCAGAGGCCAGAAAGGUUGAAAACAUUGGGAAUGACUGAACCCCUUCUGUAGACUGGCAUGGGCCCAGGACAGAAUACAUACCGUAAUGAUUGUCCCAUUCCCAAUUCUACAAAUAAGACACUGAGGCUAGCCCGGCAGGGUGGCGCCCACCUGUGAUCCCAGGGACUCAGGCUGAGACAGGAGGAUCGCGAGUUCAAAACCAGCCUUAGCAAAAGCAAGGUGCUAAGCAACUCAGACUAUGUCUCUAAAUAAAAAGUAGGGCUGGGGAUGUCGCUCAGUGGUCGAAUGUCCCUGAGAUUAGUCCCAGGUACCCAAAGGGGGUUAAAAAAAAAAAGACAUGAGGCCCUGCCAGUGGUUGCACCUAUUGAGUGUCCUGACUCCAAACCCAGCUGCUGCCCCAACUUAGUGCGGACACCUCGGCCACAGUCCACGCCCACCUAAGGGGUUGCCCCUGUGUUGGGGUGACCACAGGAAAAGGCGAGCCGAUGGCCAUCGCGCAUGCUCCGUCUUGCGAGCUCCUCCCCUAUCCCACCCGGGCCCCGCCCUGGGAGCGUUGGAAUUUGAAUCUCCGGCGGGCUGCGGCCGGAAGCAUCAAACCCUCGGACAGUAAUGGAGAUCCCAGAUCCCAGCUCGCGGUGCCCGGUGCGGGAGCAGCGUGCUCGUUGGGAGCGGAAACGCGCCUGCACCGCCCGGGAGCUGCUCGAGACCGAGCGGCGUUACCAGGAACAACUAGGGCUGGUGGCCACGUACUUCUUGGGGAUCCUGAAAGCCAAGGGGACUCUACGACCACCCGAGCGCCAGGCCCUAUUUGGGUCCUGGGAGCUCAUCUACGGCGCCAGCCAAAUGCUGCUUCCCUACCUGGAAGAAGGACAGUGGGGACAGGGGCUGGAAGGCUUCUGCCACCACCUGGAGCUCUACACCCAAUUUGCAGCUAAUGCGGAGAGGUCCCACACCACCCUACAGGAACAACUAAAGAAAAACAAGCGUUUUCGGAGGUUUGUGCACCUUCAGGAAGGUCGCCCUGAGUUUGGGGGACUUAAGCUUCAAGACCUGCUUCCUCUGCCUCUGCAGCGGCUGCAGCAGUAUGAGAAUCUGGUUGUUGCUUUGGCUGAAAAUACAGGUCCCAAUAGUCCUGACCAUCAACAGCUCACACGGGCUGCACGGCUGAUAAGUGAGACUGCCCAGAGAGUCCACAGCAUUGGUCAGAAACAGAAGAAUGAGCAGCACCUCCGGCGAAUCCAGGCUCUGCUCAGUGGACGCCAGACAAAGGGACUUACUUCAGGACGCUGGUUCCUACGCCAGGGGUGGCUGUUGGUGGUGCCUUCCAGUGGGGAACCUCGGCCUCGCAUGUUCUUCCUCUUCUCCGAUGUGCUCCUUAUGGCCAAGCCUCGAUCCCCAUUGCACCUGCUGCAAAGUGGCACCUUUGCCUGUAAAGCCCUCUAUCCUAUGGCCCAGUGUCAACUCUGCAGGGUCUUUGGCCACUCAGGAGGCCCUUGUGGUGGACUGCUCAGCGUAAGUAAUAGCAGGAACCCUAGAUCCAAAACAUAUCUCAAACACUAUUGGGCCUGUUUAUCUCCUUCACCUGGGUCCCUUUUCAUAAUAAUGAGAGGAUAUAAGAAAUACCUGGGGCUUGAGCCUCAUAGUUCUCAGUCCUAAAUCACCUCAAUGGAAUAGCAAGGGCUUCAGCCUGGACCUUUCUGAGCCAUGCACUAAGAGGUGGUCUCUCCCUAGUUGUCCUUCCCCCGUGAGAAGCUACUGCUUAUGUCCACAGACCAGGAGGAGCUGUCACACUGGUACCACAGUCUGACUUUGGCUAUCAGGUGAGUUGUGUUGUGUCUUUAUCAAGAAGAGUGCUGUGACAAGACCCAGGACUGAAAUGAGCAGGAUCACAGGUCUAAUCCUACCUCAUUCCCAUAUCUCCUGGGACCUUCCCCGACCCUGCAGGUGGCUGUGUCUAAAUGGAGUGCUCAUGUUAGUACCUGAACUGUUUUUUCUCCACAGCAGCCAGAACAACUAGAGGAAUCUUACAAAUUCAAAACUCAGAAUACUUCGGGGAUAGGUCAGAGCCAGAAGUACAAAGGAAUCUUCUUCAGCACUAAAAGUACAGAACCCUUCUUGGUUUGACAGGGAUCAUUUUAAGAAUCAGGAACCCAGGCUGGGGACAUGGUGGCUGGUGCUUAUAAUCCUAGCAACUCGAGAGGAUCACAAGUUCAAGUCCAGCAUGGGCAAUUUAGCAAGAGACCCUGUCUCAAAAAAUUAAAAGGAUUGGGGAUGUAGCUCUGUGGUAAACUGCCCCUGGGUCCAGUCCCCAGUACUGCAGACAAAAAUCAGGAAAUCAGCUAACAACCUCAGCUGAACUAGACCCUCCAACACAGAUGAGGGGAUUUGGGGCUGGUAAGCUCAUACCCUCUAUGGGUAUGCAGCUUUGUUAAGGGUGGCUAUUUUUAUGUUGUAUAUAGUUUUCUAUAAUUUAUUUUCCCACUGGAUUUUAAUAAAUGUUUUGGGAAAGAUUAUUCUGUCUCACCUAUGAAAAAAGGGAUUUAGGGGGGGCCCUGAAGGUUGGCAUGCUGGUAGCCUCAGGAAUACAAGGAAAAGAACUGGAGCUCCCUCUGUCUUCUCUGCUCUCACUCUGGAAGGCAGUGUCUUUUGUCCUAAUAAGGGAAGCUUUUCAAGGAGGCCUGAGGCACCUAGUAUGGGUGUAUGACCAACGGGGAGAGAAAAAAGUGCACAGAAGCAGACUUAUUUUACUAAAGGAUAGACUUUAUUUUACUAAACCUUCAGCUGUUGUCCUUUCUUCCUGGCUGGAGCUGUAUCUGGAUUCCUUUGUCACAGUCUUACUGUAUCUUCUCCGUAGCCCCUGCUCUACUUCCCAGGAAGUCUCUGUGCUCCAAUUUAUGGGUUCUUCCCAGUCCUGACUGUCACCAGCCUCUUCAUCCUCCUCUGUUCUUAAGUCCUCAGGAGAAGGUAUGCCGGCCUCUGUGAAAGGAAAGAUCAGCAUGUUCCAGUUUCAGAGACUAUCUCCCCAUCACCAGACUCAGCUCUCAACCCUUUACCUGGUUCUGGAACCUCCACACCUUUAUCUGGUUUACAGUCUUGUAGAAGCUGGUGGAUGGUCUGUAGCUUCAUGUUCAGAAGCUCCCGCUGGGCUCCAACCAAAGUAGUCACACUGCAGAAAUACUCACUCAGGGGCUGCCCAAACUGUCUCCAUUACUCCCACCUGCCAUAAAUUCUUACCGCUCAAAAAGGGGGUCCAGCUGGGACAUUAGAUUGUUCAGGUGCUGCUCUGUCUGGGUCAGCUGUUGUGUCAACUGGGCCAGAUGCCUCUCUGAGGGUUAGGGAGAAAAGGGGAGCAAAGUUAAGUAACCAUUCUGCUGUCCCAGUCUCCUCACCAUCACCACCAAGGACAGACUUAUGCUUAACCCACCUGACUGCAAUGAUUCCUCCUUGUCUUUCUCCUCUUGGAAAACUGCAGCAUCAUCUUUGCCCUGUAGGGGGAGAAGAAAAGGGCAAUAUAGUAGCAACAAAGUUCUGCUCUAGCACCUAAGUCUCCCAUAACUAGUAAGGACAGGAGAAUUUGCAGUAGAAAGCUAUUGUUUGUUUGUUUUCCUCAGUUGUAAAUGAACACAAUACUUUAUUUUAUUGUGGUGCUGAGGAUCAAACCCAGUGCCUCACAUGUGCUAGGCAAGCACUUUACCACUGAGCCACAAGCCCAGUCCCAGCUAUUGGGUUUUUAACCCAAUAGAAUCUCAUUUCUAGUCCAGGUUCUUACCCGAGACAUGAAGCAACCUAACAGUAUGCCCCCUAUAUGCUCUAUCUGUGGAACUAUCUCCAGGAAUAAGCAAACCUCUCCAGUUUGAUAAAGCUUUGGUUAUCAUACACAGUCAGAAAUUUUUCCUUUAUGUAUCCGUAAUGCUGACAAAAGCCUUCCAAAUAAUGUCUGUAUUUUCAACAUGAUAGGAAUCUGAAGACAAUGGUUGCACUCCUGCCUCCUUCCCAUCUUUUCUGGUAUAAAAUCUUAAAUCUUUUGUGUCAGUGCUCCAUUCACAUGUUUUUCUCCAGUUGCUUUCCUGAGCAUGUAGUGCAGAUGGAGCACAAUAACUUGUUCAGUGUACUGAUUUGGGAAGUGGGUUGCCACAUCACACAAUGGACUUAAUAGUCAACUGUAAUGCCUCUUUUAUAGGUGCUGGUUCUAAGUUGUUUCCUCCUCACUGUACUUGGGCCCAAGAAUAAAACUCAUUAAUCUA